UGCUUGGUCGCCGACAUGGGCCCCUGACGCGGUCCGUCGUCGUCUGGGGUGGCGUCCUCUUUGGGCGACGCCGCCUCACGAUCUUGACAGCGCCAGGCCGAUCAGCAGAGGAAGCCUGCUGCCUUUGCCUUCCCCGAGAGCCAUUUCCGAAGCCGUCCACCGCGUGGCCGAUCCGGGCUAGGCCGGGACGAGCAUGCGGCCGCCCGUUCGGGCAUGGCGAGCAGCCACACAGCAGAGCGCUCGUCAGGCCGUUUCGGGCGCGCUGAGCAGCAGCGCGCCGGGCCAAUCGACGGCCGGACGGUGGGCCGCCGGUGCAACAGCGCAACGGUCGACUAGCGGGUGUGGAGAGGAGGGACUCGAGAAGCGAGCAGGUCGACGGCGCGAUAUUGGGCCAUCAACCUGUGGCGCUUCACCCACGGUUUUGCCGCGCAAAGCAGGGCACGCAAAUGCGAUACAGGGCGCGGGCGGCGCGCGUGGUGAUCCGUGGCUAGGGGAGCAUAACGGAUGGGCUGCAGGGGCGAUGGAAGCAGAAGGUCGUCAGAGAGGGAAUAUCAAGAGCGUUACGCGGACGGGUUUAAGAGAGAGAGGCCUCUUAGCAGAGCCAGGCGGCGGGGUCGCGACUGCCCGUACCGUGUAUUUAGCCGAGCGGAGGAUGGCGGUCGUGCCUGCCGUUUGCCUGCCGUUGCCUCUGUCGCUCCUGCUGCCUUCGCGCGGCGGCGGCGAUGAUGGCAGUGGCUAA